AUGAAGACGCAGACCAAGGAUAAGAUCGCACUCCUAAAAGAGAACUUCUUCCCACGGAUGAAGGAAGUAGACCUUUCAGAUUUGCAAGAUUAUAUCUACCCUGAUCCAGUAGACUGGCCCCCAUUUACGCUGAGAGAAGUGCAAGUGGCCCUAUCCUCAGUGGCAACACGCAAGGCCCCUGGCCCAGAUGGAAUCUCUAAUCUGCUGGAAAUCAUCUAUGAACAGUGCAAGAAAUGGGAAGAGAAACACGCGUCAAAAUUCAAUCCUAAAAAAUUCAAGCUGAUCCAUCUGCUCAGCAAGUACAGCAAAAUAACCGACAAGGAACACCCAGUCUGGCUGGACGGCCGAGAAGUGAAGCCAGUUCCUAAGUGCCGUAUCCUUGGACUUAUUAUAGAUAAUAAGCUCAACUGGAACGGCCAUAUCGAACACAUUGAAACCAAGAUGACCAAAUCUCUGGGAGCCCUCAGUAGCCUCGCAGGAUCCACCUGGGGUACAGGAUAUAAAGGACUACGACAAGUUUACCAGGCCAUAAUCCUACCAUAA